GGACGCGUCGGUCUGUGGCUUGUCGCGUGUGUUAGCUGCGGAUUUACAGUUACAUUAACAAACGUGCUGUGUGUGCGCUUGAAUGCCAAAUUUAAUUGCCAGUGUGCCACAGCAACAACAUUUAACGUUAACGGCAGCUAGCGUUUAAUUUGAAAACGUUUUCAAAAAUAAAAGAUAUAAAAAAAAACGCAAAUCGUUACUUUCGUUUUUCCCACUUUCAUUUUUGUUUUGCUUACACACAAGUUUUCAUUGAAAAAAGUGUCGUUGUCAAAGUUGUGAAAUUUCCACAUAUACAAAAAAAGGUGCUAAAAAUCGAGAGUUACAGAAUUUAUUAAACAACCCAAAAAAAAAAAACAACAAACCAGCGCAACAAACUACAACUGAAGUCAACCUAUUCGAAUGGCGCUCAUGGACACCGCCUGGCGCUGCCGCCUCAUGAUCUUUGGCGUCGUCUCGCUGCUGCUGGUUGGCGAUCUCUUUGGCUAUGGGGGCUACAGCGUGCGCGGCGUUAAAUCGGAUCAUCCGGACGAGGUGGGCGUGCAGGGCGGGGGGCCGCCGACUGGUCCCGCGGCUGCCGCUGGCAAGUUUCAGCAGAAGAAUGCCGAAAUCGACAUAGGCGAAGAGCACGACUUUGAUGAGUUCUCCGCAGCAGCUGCUCUGAAGCCAGUAGCCUCUGGGGUUGUGACCGGAGCGAAUCUGAAGACAAAGUCACAGCUCACGGAUACCAUUAAGGAAUCGUGUCUGCCCAAAAUGCUAUGCGAACUGGCCGCCAAGCCGGAGUAUCAACUGAGCGAAAAGGAGCGCGAGCUGCUUAGAUUGAUAAGAUCUCCAACCAUGCCCUGGAUGAUGAAUAUGCCGCCCAGUAAAUGGUAUUUUGCGGCUCACAUGGGCGAGCUAAUGCGCCAUACAGGCGAUAAUCUGAGCGGUCCCAUGGGUUGCGCCAAUCUCUGGCCGAACUGCCCCAUCAGUUCCAAGAAGCUGAUGAAGCUUAGCUACAAGGUGCGUGCUUAGGCGCCGGCUAAUGUGAUCAUAGCGUAUUUAAUUAAGAACUAGUUUAAGUGUACACAACAAACACACACGAUUACAUCUAUCUGGGGCUCUACGCUGAACAGACUCACCUAUUGUACUAUAUGUUUUCACGCUGUAAGCCGUCAUCUACCUGGCUGAAAGAAAAGUGCCUGCAGUUUGCCAUAAUGGAGCCUGCGGCAUGACUGAUGUGACAAUUUGCAAUUUGUAUCUAUUAGCUGUAAGUGCUAAGUAGUCAUUUAAGUGUGGCUAGUCUAUCUCAAUUAUGUGUUAGUUUUAGCAUUAUGCCUAAUGUUAGUUCGAGGCGCGCGUAUAAUUGUAAAAAAUGCAUAUUGUUAUUUA